GUGGUUGGGCAGCCGGCGCCCGCACGAGCCUCUCGGAGAAGAGGGCUGGGGGCGGGAGAUGACGGCAGUGUGUUCUGUGCUCGGCCCUCUGCGAGCACUGGCUUCCUUCUCCUCGCUGCCCGGGCUGCAGACCUAGCAGGCUCCCUCAUACCCUCCCAAAAGUUAGACUCAGCUUUGGUCAAGGGAUUGCCGUGUGCCGCCUGUGGUCAAACUGAAAGGACUAUUUGAAGUAGACACGGAUACUGCCAUGUCACAGAUGACCAAGUAAAGCGUAAGAAGCUUGGUUUUGUGUUCGGAGUUGAGACCAGUUUGGAGUUGGACUUGACAAAGAAAAUGUAUUCUUAUUUCUCAACAGAGAACUCAACUCUUGCUGCUAAUAUGAAUGGGACUUUAUCUGCAGCGUUAACUCAUGGGUUGAACUCUACCAAUGACCCGCCUUCAAUGUCAAUAACAAGGCUUUUCCCAGCCUUACUAGAGUGCUUUGGCAUAGUCCUCUGUGGCUACAUAGCAGGAAGGGCCAACAUCAUAACAUCAACACAGGCCAAAGGACUGGGAAAUUUUGUCUCCAGAUUUGCCCUUCCAGCUUUAUUAUUCAAAAACAUGGUCGUACUUAAUUUUUCCAAUGUGGAUUGGGCUUUUCUAUAUAGUAUUUUAAUUGGCAAAGCCUCUGUGUUUUUCAUUGUAUGUGUAUUAACCUUAUUGGUUGCCAGUCCUGAGAGUCGAUUUAGCAAAGCUGGACUGUUCCCUAUUUUUGCUACACAAAGUAAUGACUUCGCAUUGGGAUACCCCAUAGUUGAAGCUCUGUAUCAAGCCACGUAUCCCGAAUAUCUCCAGUACAUCUACUUGGUGGCACCAAUAUCUCUUAUGAUGUUGAACCCUAUUGGGUUUAUCUUCUGUGAAAUCCAGAAGUCAAAAGACUCUCAGAACGCUUCUCAAAAUAAAGCAAAGAUUGUGGGACUGGGAUUUCUACGCGUGCUGCAGAACCCCAUCGUAUUUAUGGUCUUUGUUGGCAUCGCCUUCAAUUUUAUUCUCGAUAAAAAGAUCCCUGUAUAUAUGGAAAAUUUUCUUGACGGACUUGCAAAUUCCUUCUCUGGGUCAGCACUGUUUUAUCUCGGUCUGACAAUGGUAGGAAAGAUAAAGCGGCUGAAGAAGUCGGCGUUUGUGGUACUCAUUCUUCUCAUCACAGCUAAACUGCUGGUGCUGCCCCUUCUGUGCAGAGAAAUGGUGGAGCUCCUGGACAAGGGGACCAGUAUCGUGAAUCACACGAGCCUGUCCAAUUAUGCGUUUCUCUACGGCGUCUUCCCUGUAGCCCCAGGGGUGGCCAUCUUUGCGACCCAGUUCAACAUGGAAGUAGAGAUUAUAACCUCAGGAAUGGUAAUAAGUACAUUUGUGUCUGCUCCGAUCAUGUAUGUUUCUGCCUGGUUACUGACCUUUCCCACCAUGGAUGCUAAGCCCCUGGCCUAUGCCAUUCAGAAUGUUAGUUUUGAUAUAAGUAUUAUCAGCCUGAUUUCCUUGAUCUGGUCUCUGGCUAUUCUUCUCUUGAGUAAGAAAUAUAAGCAGCUUCCUCAUAUGCUUACAACUAAUUUACUCAUUGCUCAGUCUAUUGUUUGUGCUGGAAUGAUGAUAUGGAAUUUUGUUAAAGAAAAAAAUUUUGUUGGACAAAUUUUGGUGUUUGUUCUACUGUACAGUUCCCUGUACAGCACCUAUCUCUGGACAGGCCUUCUAGCACUUUCUUUGUUCCUUUUAAAAAAGCGCGAGAGCAUGCAGAUCCCCGUGGGCGCCAUUAUCAUCGCUGGCUGGGGCAUCCCCGCCCUCCUGGUUGGCGUGCUUCUGAUAUCUGGAAAACACAAUGGAGACAGCAUUGACUCGGCCUUCUUCUACGGAAAAGAGCAGAUGAUCACCACGGCAGUCACCCUGUUCUGCAGCAUCCUGAUAGCAGGCGUGUCACUCAUGUGCAUGAACCGUACCACCCAGGCUGGUCGCUAUGAAGGCUUCGGCCAGUCUCAGAACCACAAGCCAGGAGAGCCUGGAAGCGCCACGUUUGAGGAGAGCCCAGCACCAACGAGCGAACCAGAACGCUUCCCAAGCACUAUUCCAGAGACAAGUUGCUGUUCUUGCUCCUUGGGAAAUGGUGAACUGCGCUGUCCAUCCGUAGAGCCAGCAACACGUGCAAGUAUCGGCGGGCCUGUGCCUUCUUCUUUUGAGAAAACCGACCCCUGUGUGAGUCGCUGUGACUCCCAGAGCUGCAUCCUGGCCCAGGAAGAGGAGCAGUACCUGCAGAGUGGAGACCCACAACUGACUCGACACGUCCUGCUGUGUUUGCUCCUCAUCAUUGGCCUAUUCGCUAACCUCUCUAGUUGUUUGUGGUGGCUCUUCAACCAUGAGACUGGACGCCUCUAUGUUGAAUUACAGUUUUUCUGUGCUGUGUUUAACUUUGGCCAGGGAUUUAUUUCCUUUGGAAUCUUCGGCUUGGACAAACAUUUAAUCAUCCUUCCUUUCAAAAGAAGGCUUGAAUUUCUGUGGAGUGGUAAAGAAACAGCAGAAAACAGAGAAUCCCCCGUUUCUGAGGAAAUAAAAAUGACCUGUCAACAAUUUGUACAUUACCACCGUGACCUGUGCAUUCGAAACAUCGUCAGAGAAAGAAGGUGUGGUGCAAAGACUUCCGCUGGGACCUUCUGCGGCUGUGACCUGGUGAACUGGCUCAUCGAAGUCGGCCUUGCGUCUGACCGUGGCGAAGCUGUCAUCUACGGAGACAGACUGGUGCAAGGGGGCGUCAUCCAACACAUCACCAACGAAUAUGAGUUCCGGGACGAGUACUUGUUCUACAGAUUUCUUCAGAGGAGUCCUGAACCGAGUCCUCCCGCGGUGACUGUAAGCAACCCCCACCAGGAAAGCUAUAAGGAAAUUGGCCACUCAUCUCUGCCCUCCCUCUCCCCGAAGGCUUAAAUUACGAAGGAGAGAACCCUCUGAAUUACCAAUUACAAAGGAGCAACCCUCUAGCCUCAUGUCCAGUACUUUUAGCUGUGGGACCUUGGGUUAGCUUUCUGAGCCUCAGUCAUCUCUUCUGUAAAAUGACAAAUGCCUCCCAGCCCCCAUGCUGACAUGUCCUAACUUCAUGUGAAGCACCGAGGAAACCGACAGGGGAAAACCUCCAGUUCGGAGUGCUGACAAUGAGCGCAGUCAUGGCUGCGGAUAAAGUCCCAACACUUUAAAGUCAUUUCUUUCUGCAACUGUUUGUCAUGAUUUCCAAGCCAGCAUCCAACGGACUGUUAUUUUAGAUUGCCAAUUGUCACAUUUGCUGCUCUCAGAUGAACCUUAAGACAACUUUACAAGUAUCAACAGAUUUUUAUUUAUUCUAGUAAAAAGCUUUUAUUUUUCUUUCCACUUCAUUGACAAACACUACCCAUUUAAAAAUUAAAACUACUGUUUUGCAUUUGAGACAAGGUCUCAUAUAGCCAAUGAUGGCUUUGAACACCUGAUCUUCCUGCCUUCUGCCUCCUGAGUUCUGGGCUUAUUGGUGUUAUCACCAUGACUGGCUCACCUCUGUAUUUUUUUAAAGUAAUUUUUAAAUUUAUUUUUGAUAAAACACCAAUUUUAAAAGUUUGUCUUUUCUUGCCUUUUAUCUAAUGUGUGCCAAUAAGAAGAGCAUAAAAACAUUAUCUCUAUAAUCUUUCAAGUUAAAUUUUUUAAGUAAUUUGAAAAUAUCCAUUUAACUGCUAUGCAAGAAAUAUUGUCAUGAGAUAUACUACUUCUGGUACUUUCAAAGUAUUGUAUUGUAGAAGAAAAAUCUACUUUAUUCCCUACAUUGAGAAAGAAUAGAGUCAGAAAUUUAAAGUUCUAAAGCUAGCAUCCUACCUUUAGAAGUUAGCCUUCUGUGUGUGUAUCCAUGUCUAAAAGGUUAUAAGUCUAAAAAUUACUAAAUGUUGCUUAGUCCAUGAAGACUUUUGAAACAAAAUGGCACUAGAAAGCUCUAAGGAACAGGAAGGCUUCUCACAGGCCCGGAGGCUGGUGGUGCAAGGUGAAAGCAGCGGCUCGCUCAGCAUCUGGUGAGGCCCCUUCAGGUCCACAGACGGAGCCGCACAUGCCACGAGGGAAAGGCUCUGGUCUCCUGGCCCUGGGGAGAACAACCCCAUCUCAACACCUCUUCCCCAGGCCUCCUCACUGGGGUUAGGUUUUGAAGAGACAGACCAGAACGGCCUCAGGUAAAGUUUCACCUCGGGUAAUUUGCACAUUCUUUGAACAGCUACUUCAUUAUUAGACAUCAGUGAUGCUUUAACUUAUUUUAAAUGUUAUUUAUCUCAUUUUAGUGUUUCAUAUAUAAAGGCCACUUAGGAAAUCAUUUAUGGGGCUAGUGCCCUGGCCCCUUUAGUGUAGCAAAUUCAUAAUUAAAAGAAAACCUUGCAUGGAGGCCUAGCGUAUUUAAAAAGAAAUGAUGCUGUUUUUAUGUUCUGAUCACGGAAUUGAGAUGUUUUAGGCAGAACGAUGUCACCAUAAAACUUAGGGGGAAAAAAGAGACAUGCCCCACUGUCCUCAUCAUGCCCAGGGUACGCACAGGCGCCUGCCCUAGCACCUCCAGUGGCACAACACAGCAUUCACAUGCACGCGGGCGGCUCUAAUUCAAGUGGGGCAAUUUGUUUGUUUGUGACUAAACUGUAUUAAGUAUGUUCUUUUAUUUGCACAAAUGGAAUCUGAAACAUUAUUUUCCCUGAGAGAUUCUAAAAGAAAACCAUAGAUCAGAGUGACCUGCAGUUUCUGAUGGUAAAGGCUGUUAAGCAAUGUUUAUAGGAUUAAGGUUAAGCUAAUUUUAUUAAAUGAAAAUAUUUGUAUGUUACUUUCUCACUGACAGCACGUUUCCCAAUAAAAUACCUAUUUUAACUUUC